AUGGACGGUCACUUCUUUGCUACGAUGGAUUCAGACGUAGAGGCUAUGCUUACCUAUAUUGGCACCAAACAGGAGGGUCUAGCCCGUGGCGUUGCAGCUUUAGUAGUUAGAGCUCAGCAAGCUGGCUUGAUCGAUCAGGACGGUCAACCACCUAAUGCAAUGUUCAGCUCCACACUGUCUCAGGUAUGCGUUGUGAUGUCCCAGCUAGGGAGCUUACUGAGCGGGUAUUUAGUGCAAUGCGCCGCUUACUCCCAAUUGACUAUGAUUUUGUCGGGAUCAUUGGCCUUGGCGGCGGAUAUGGCUCGCGAGUUAGAAGUUGUUACAGAGGAAGCUAAUGAACUACUUUCUUAUAUUGACAUUAACGUAGCUGGUAUGCGGAAGCUACUCAAACAGCAUGAUAAGCAAAUACCUGUGGAGUACCAAAAGAGGCCUAUUGGAUCGCCAACAUACAUUCGUCAUCAUAGACUUCUCACUGAUGGUGUUUUACGAGCUGUUACGGAGUUGAAUAAAGUCAGAACCUCGAUUGAGGGUCUCUUCCAAGUGCUCCAAGCUGUAAAUGCUCCUGGAUUGGAACAGUUGGGCUCUUUGCCUGCUGCUCUUGCUGAAGUCCAUCUGGGCUCUGAAUAUACUCCUAUCAAGACAGACUCCAUCCACAGCAACCCCAUCCCCUCUUGCAUCCUCACCGCCACCUUACCCCUCACCUAUGGGUAG